UCAAAUACACACGGGGCUGCAGCAUUCUAUCAUCAGACCUACCCAGCCCAACUGCCUACCUCUCGACAAUGCAACCCUACCUCAGAAGCUGAAGGAAGUCGGCUAUUCCACUCAUAUGGUGGGAAAGUGGCAUUUGGGUUUUUACAGAAAAGAAUGCAUGCCCACCCAGAGAGGAUUUGACACCUUUUUUGGUUCCCUCUUGGGAAGUGGUGACUACUAUACACACUACAAGUGUGACAGCCCCGGGAUGUGUGGCUAUGACUUGUAUGAAAAUGACAACGCUGCCUGGGACUAUGAUAACGGCAUUUACUCCACACAGAUGUACACUCAGAGGGUGCAGCACAUCUUAGCCUCCCACCACCCCAGCAAGCCUUUAUUUCUAUACAUUGCCUAUCAAGCAGUGCACUCACCACUGCAAGCCCCUGGCAGGUACUUCGAACACUACAGAUCCAUCAUCAACAUCAACAGGAGGAGGUAUGCCGCCAUGCUUUCUUGCUUAGAUGAAGCAAUCAGCAAUGUGACCAUGGCUCUCAAGUCAUACGGCUUUUACAACAACAGCAUUAUCAUCUAUUCCUCAGAUAAUGGUGGCCAGCCCACGGCAGGUGGGAGUAACUGGCCUCUCAGAGGCAGUAAAGGAACCUACUGGGAAGGGGGGAUCCGGGCUGUGGGCUUUGUGCACAGCCCGCUUCUGAAGAACAAGGGAACAGUGUGUAAGGAGCUUGUGCACAUCACAGACUGGUACCCCACCCUGAUUUCCCUGGCUGAAGGGCAGAUUGAUGAGGAUAUUCAACUGGACGGCUACGACAUCUGGGAGACCAUCAGUGAAGGCCUGCGUUCACCCCGGGUGGAUAUCUUGCACAACAUCGACCCCAUCUACACCAAGGCGAAAAAUGGCUCCUGGGCAGCAGGCUAUGGGAUCUGGAACACAGCCAUCCAGUCAGCAAUCAGGGUGAGGCACUGGAAACUGCUCACUGGGAACCCUGGCUACAGUGACUGGGUGCCUCCUCAGUCCUUCAGCAAUCUGGGCCCUAACCGGUGGCACAAUGAACGCGUCACCUUGCCCACUGGAAAGAGUGUGUGGCUUUUCAACAUCACAGCUGACCCCUACGAAAGGGUGGACCUGUCCCACAGGUAUCCUGGAGUCGUGAAGCAGCUCCUCCGCAGACUCUCCCAGUUCAACAAAACCGCCGUGCCUGUCAGAUACCCCCCCAAAGACCCCAGAAGUAAUCCUCGACUGAAUGGGGGGGUCUGGGGACCAUGGUAUAAAGACGAAUAUAAGAAAAAGAAGUCCAGCAAAAAGAAGGCUCAGAAAAAGCUGAAGAAAAGCAAGGCAAAGCCAAAGUGGCAAAAUAAAGCACGCUCGUUUCCAAACUGUCCUUCAGAUGCUUCAGAUGUGACCCGAGGAUAAGUCUGAAUAUUUUCCUAUUUUGGUUUUAUUUCAAUGGACUCUUGGUUUUUCAUGUUUUCUAGGUAAAUGAACAGGUUUGGCUCAAUCCUAUCACUGCCAGAAGCAUCAGACUUUUUGUCAUCCUGUGCCUUCCAGAGAUGUCUGUCACCUGGCUGGCAUAGGUGCCAAAGGUGCUACUCUUGUAAGCCACAUUAAGAUGAGAAUGGAGAGGCUGAUUUCUCUUGCCUCUAGUUAAAAGACAAUCAGUUCAUCUGUUGGGCCUCAUUCAACUGCUUUUCAUGAGAAGAGGGAGGGGAUAAUCUGUGAUUGCUGAAGGUGUUAACUGGUUGUAAAUUACAAGGCAGCAUGAUUUAAAAACUACCUUUGAUAAAGUGGUAUCAAAAGUAGUGUGACCUUGAAGACCUUAACAGUGUCAUUUUUAAGCAAAAAAAAAAAAAAAAAAAAAUCGCAUCUCUAUCAUAGGGCACUUAGAUUUUUUUAAUGAACUAAGUUUUAUGUAUCACUUCCAUUCCUAUGAAAAUAAGCUGUUUUUCUCACAUCUGAACAGUCUACACCUCACUCUGCUAUGUAUGAGGGAAUGGUAACUAAGAAUGUCUGAGCAAUGUGAAUGUACCUACUUUCUAAAGACUCUAAAAGAAUGACAUUUUAACAUAAAGUAUCUAAUUUAUUUUUACAGAAAAAAACUAUUUUUAUAAUUAUUCCCAUGAGUUUUAAUAUUUUUUAAAUUUCUGAAUAACAUUACAAGUUUUAUGUUGU